AUGUGCGACGCGCUGUUGUUCGUCACGCAUCGCUCGACCAAUGACAUGCUUCCAUUGGAACGUGCAGCGUCGUCGACGUCACGAAAAGCCGUCACGGCCGCCUUCUGGGCCUCCAAGAAAGAAAGAAAGACGAUGGAUACAGGGUAUGCCAAUCUCUAG